AUGAAACUUGCGUUAUUAUUGGUAAGCAUUUUCGUUCAACGCACUGCUGUUGCCACUGAACAGUGUAAUCGCCGACUAUAUGAAACAAACAACGAAAAGACGCCAGGAAACAAUGGCUUUGUUAUCGAAAUUUCUAGUGCUACUAUAGCAUCGGAGGAUAGUGCAACGAGCUAUCUGCCUGGAGACAAGUACACUGUUAAGCUAAGAGGAUGGCAAACCAAGUAUACCGUCACAACAUUUCGCGGCUUUGGAAUAUAUGCGCAGUUUGAGGACAACAGACCAGCGGGUAAAUUUGAACUUUUUGACACGGAUAGUGAUGCUCGAAUAGCCCCGAGUUGUCGCAGAGCAGGCGUUUCACACGCAAAUCUGCGGCCGAAAACCUCGGCUCACGUCCUUUGGCGUGCUCCAUUCAGUUCAGAUGCUGGCUGUGUCAUUUUCCGAGCUACUGUGAUAACUUCAAAGCAGACCUGGUAUGCUGACGAUGGGCCUUUAACCAAAAAGUUUUGUUUGCAAGAAGGGUAUAAAAAAGUUGAAGUGGUUGACGACCCAAAUGUUCCGUGUUGUGCUUGCGACGAAGCAAAGUAUGAUUUAGAAUUCACUGGCUUGUGGUCUAAAGAAACUCACCCUAAAGACUAUCCAUCAUUAGAACAUCUGACACACUUCACGGAUAUGUUGGGUGCCAGUCACAGCAACAACUACACAAUGUGGAAGUUCGGGACGAUUGCAACUGAUGGGCUGAAAGAAAUUGCGGAGUGGGGCAACACAUAUAAGGGUGAACAGGAGAUGAAAGCUAACGCGACUGAAAUAAGAACAUUGAUGAAAAUCAAGGGUUUAUGGUAUCCGGAGGUUCAAGGGAAAACUCGAAGUACGUUUCAGGUUAACAGGUAUCACCAUCUUGUUUCGCUAGCAGCUAUGUUCGGACCUUCACCAGAUUGGUGUGUAGGAGUAUCGUCAAUUAACCUGUGUCUUCCUGACUGCACUUGGGCGAAAGAAAGAGUUUUUGAACUACUGCCGUUCGACGCUGGUACGGACAAUGGACCAUCGUAUAUGUCUCCAAAUAAUCCUGCGGACCCACGAGUGCCUGUACAUCCAAUAACAACAAAACUAGACAAGUUAUCUCCGUUUUACAAUGAAGAAAGCGAUGUCAUACCUCCACUGGCUAAGCUUGUACUAACUGUUAAGGAGGUCACCAAGUCAGAAUGUAAAACAAUUGAGCAUUAUAAGAAAAUCGCAUUCAAUGCUACAAAUACGAGCGAAGAUGAGGAGUACAAAGAUCGUAGAGAAUGCAUGGUUACAACUUGGGAACCGUGGUCAUUGUGUUCUGCAACGUGCGGUAAGGGUAUCCGUAUGAGAUCUAGGGUUUAUGUUUUUCCAAUUAAAGCACAAAUGUUUCACUGUCAUAGACAAGUGAUUGAACGACAGUUUUGUAAUGCAGCUAUAUCUGAAUGCAAAGAUUCCGAUGCUUUCAACUCUAAAUGUGCUGUCAGUAACUGGAAUCCCUGGUCUGAUUGUUCGGUUACAUGCGGAGAGGGUGUAAGAAGCCGUACGAGGAAUUUCAAAGAAACUACUUCAGAUAAAAGCAUUUGUCCAAAUGUCAACCUUACACAGUCUGAGAAAUGUGUAGGAGAAAACGGAGAGGACUGUUUAGUAACGCCUGAUCCACUCUGUAAGGCCACCUUAUGGAGCGAGUGGUCUCCAUGCAGUGCAUCUUGUGGUGAUGGCGUACGAGUAAGAACUCGAUUGUUGUAUUACACCGAACAUGAGCAAAGAUGCUCGCAUAUUAGUCUCAUAGAAAAAGAUGUCUGUCAGUUACAGUCUUGUAGAAGGCUUUUGGGUGCUCAUAUGAAAGAAAUUUGUGAGGAAGAAAAAUUAGACGGUCAAUGUGCAGGGAAAUUUCCGAGAUAUUGGUAUAAUUCAAGGAAGAAGCGUUGCGAGCGAUUUAUAUAUACCGGCUGUAAAGGCAAUCGUAAUCAAUUUGAGACGGAAGAGGAGUGUAAAAGAAUUUGUGUUCCUGGUUACGAGGCUGUUAACAAAGAAAUUGUACCCGGUCACCAGCUGAUUAACGAAUUUGGUGUUGAAGAAGUUGAAGAUGGCGGAGAGAAGGUGGAUUGCGUUGUUUCUGAAUGGACACCAUGGGGUAACUGUUCAGUUACCUGUGGUGUAGGUAAACGACACCGUUCGCGACAAAUUGAGAUAUUUCCUCGAAAUGGUGGAAAAGCUUGCCCAGAACACUUGGUUCAGGCUGUUCGAUGUGAACUCAAGACAUGUGGUAUUCAGCUUAUAGACUUUAUCUCUACACUGCUAGGCAUUAGAACAGUUGAAAAGUGUCAACUCGGUCAAUGGUCACCAUGGUCUCCAUGUCCGACGCCCUGCGGAGGUGGUAAACAGCACAGAAGACGAACAGUCAUAAAACCGCGAAAUUUUGUCGAUGACGGUAGUGAUCCGAUUUGCAGUGCUCCAGAAACUGCUACAAGAUUCUGUCCAGUAACGUGUUAG